AUUGUGUCCUUUAACAAUAGACCUCAACUGAAAACAAUGUUCACCAACUUUGAGGGUAAAUAAGAAAGACAUUUAAACUCAUAUAAAGUUAAACAAAUAAACACGUGUUCUACAUGAUAAAAUUCACGUCCUACGUGGCACGGUGUCCUAUGUGUAUUAUGCCACAUAGAACGCAUAUAUGAUAUAUCUGCUUAUACAAAUUUAAGUAUUUGCUUGUGCAAAUCUAAAAUCGAGGAGCAUAAAUAUCAGCUAAAUUCAAGUUAAAAGAGAAAUUUAUAUAUUAUACGUUAAACACACACAAACUAACUCAAACACCAAAGUUAAAAGAGAUAUUUAUAUAUUGUACAUUAAACACACACAAAUUGACUCGAACACCAAAGUUAAAAGAGAGAUUUAUAUAUUAUAUGUUAAACACACACAAACUGACUCGAACACCAAAGUUAAAAGAGAGAUUAAUAUAUUAUAUGUUAAACACACAAAAACUGACUCGAACACCAAAGUUAAAAGAGAGAUUUAUAUAUUAUAUGUUAAACACACAAAAACUGACUCGAACACAAAAGUUAAAAGAAAUAUUUAUAUAUUAUACGUUCAGCGCACACAAACUGACUCAAACACCAUCUACUAUUUAUAAUGCUAGUCCAUCUUCCAAGAAACUUGUGUAGUCAACUAUUUCACCACUCCAAAACCAAAUCAAAGCCAAAAGAGAAAAAUGACACAAAUGAUUGAGACACAAAAUCCUCCUUCCACCAUAGAACCACCACAACACCUCCCAACAACCACCAACCCCACCAACCCCCAAAAAAACCACAAACUUACCCUCAUCCCAUUGAUCUUCCUCAUAUACUUUGAAGUAGCUGGUGGUCCAUAUGGUGAAGAACCAGCUGUUAAAGCAGCUGGCCCUUUACUAGCAAUUCUUGGAUUUCUAAUUUUCCCCUUUAUUUGGAGUGUACCAGAAGCACUUAUUACAGCUGAACUUUCAACAACUUUCCCAGGUAAUGGGGGUUUUGUUAUUUGGGCUGAUAAAGCUUUUGGACCCUUUUGGGGUUCUUUAAUGGGUUCUUGGAAAUUCCUUACUGGUGUCAUAAAUAUUGCAUCUUUCCCUGUUUUGUGUAUUAGUUAUUUAGAAGAAAUUUUCCCAGUUCUUGAUUCUGGGGUUCCAAGAAAAUUAGCAAUUCUUGGUUCAACUUUGUUUCUAUCACUUGUUAACUAUACUGGAUUAACAAUUGUUGGGUAUGUAGCUGUUGCACUUGGGGUUAUUUCACUUGCCCCUUUUAUCAUAAUGUCAUUAAUUGCUAUACCAAAGAUUCAUCCACAUAGAUGGUUGAGUUUAGGUCAAAAGGGGGUUAAAAAAGAUUGGAACUUGUUCUUUAAUACACUUUUUUGGAACUUGAAUUUUUGGGAUAAUGUUAGUACUAUGGCUGGUGAAGUUGAAAAUCCAAGAAAGACAUUUCCUUUAGCACUUUUUUCUAGUGUAGUGUUCACUUGUUUAGGGUAUAUUAUACCACUUAUGGCUGUUACGGGGGCGGUAGACGUGGAUCAACGCGAUUGGGAUACAGGGUUUAUGGCUAACGCCGCGGAGAUGAUAUCAGGGAAGUGGUUGAAGUUUUGGAUUGAGAUUGGUGCUGUGUUGUCUACCAUUGGAUUGUUUGAAGCUCAAUUAAGUAGUUCAGCAUUUCAAAUUUUGGGUAUGGCUGAGAUUGCAUUUUUACCUAAGUUUUUUGGACUAAGGUCUAAAUGGUUUAACACACCUUGGGUUGGGAUUGUGUUGUCAACAACUAUAUCACUUGGGAUGAGUUAUAUGGAUUUUCAAGAUAUUAUUUCUAGUGCAAAUUUCUUGUAUAGUUUAGGUAUGCUUUUGGAGUUUGCAUCAUUUCUUUGGUUGAGGAGGAAGUUUCCAUUGAUUAAAAGACCUUAUAGGGUACCAAUGAGAUUGCCACUUUUGGUGAUUAUGUGUUUGAUUCCAUGUGGUUUUUUGGUAUUCAUCAUGGCUAUAGCAACAAAGCUUGUGUAUUUGAUUAGUGGAUUGAUGACUAUUGGAGGAAUUGGAUGGUACUUUUUGAUGAAGUUUUGUAAGUCAAAGAAGUUGUUGAAGUUCAAUGAUAAGGUAGAUGAUACAUAUGUUGAGUAAAUGUAAUCAAUAGGGAGGUAGUUGGUGUGUAUGACUUUUAUCUUCUUUUUUUUAGUUUUUUGUAUUUUUAUAGAUAUGAUAUGACUUCAUAUAUUGGUAAGAUGUUGCUUUCUUUUGAGAAAGAAUUGAAUGCAAAAAUGUCCUAUUCAUUUUCUAAAA